AUGUCGCAGCAAGAAACAGCCCCCGCGGCCCAGCGAGCCGCGCCCGCAGCGCCGCAGGAGUACGAGCCAACGCCCACGCGGCCCUGGGAGCAGCGGGACUGCCUCGGUCGCUUCUUCAAGCUGCUGAGCCUCGCGUCCCUCGUCGGCGCCGCGGUCUGCGCCGUCGCGUUCAUCGUCGGCCUCCUUUCGUCCACGAGCGAAUGGUCGUCCCCGCGCGGCAUCAGCCGCCAGGCGCUGCGCGCCUUCUCAGCCGUCCUUGCCGUGGGCCUCGUGCUCGUCGCGGGGGAGUAUCGCGCGGUGCUGUCGAUGGCCCCGAUUUUGAACGUCUGGGUGUUCCGCGGCAUCGGGCAGAUCAUCCUCGGGCUCAUGACGGUAGAAAUAGCCCCCCCGAGCCCGGCGACCAACAAGGCGCUCCGCGGGGGACUCACGAUCUUCUCCAGCGUCGCGGGGCUGGUGCUGCUCGCGUGCGGGUGCCUGCACAUCCUCGCGGGCGUGUCGUGCCUCGGGGUCAUCAAGAGCAGGAGGGACGACGCGUCGAGGCAGCGCGCGCGCAUCGAGCGGGAGUACGACGCGCUCCGGCGGCGCGAGGCGCAGCUGCGCGAGGAGCUGGCCGGCAUGGGCGGCGCGCUGUCGCAGUCGGCGGACGCGCCCAACCUGCACGCGCCGCUCGCAGCCGGCGCGCGCUCCGCCCCGGGCCCGGGCAGCGUGUAG